CAUAGUCAAUGUUAUAUCACGACAACAUUUUUAUCCAUUUCGAGUAUUUUGCUUAAUUUUUUAUAUACGUAUAGCAAUCGUCACUAGCAUUUACUAAUUAAUAUAAACUAUUAAAGAUUAAUCAUAAGUAGUUCUACAAACUUAAUUCCAUUUUCUCGUAUGUUGGAAUAAAUAUGAAAAAUGCAAAUGAUGUCUUGAAGUUUAUACUACAACUAAGGAUUACAUUAACAUUCUUAUUUGUAUUUUAAAAUGUUCAAAUUGAAUACACAUAAAUUGUUCAUAAGUUCCUGUUAUAUGUAGUAAAGGUCCAUUAUUAAGUUUUUCUCUAUAAAUAGGAAAAUCUUUUGAGCAUAACGUCCAGAUUUUAAGUACUUUUUUAAUCUGCCCAAAUAGUUUUCAUACCAAAAAGCAUUGAAGUAAUUGAUGUUACCAUAUUUUAGUACAUCGUUGGGAAGAUGAAGUAAGGAAUGUACAUUAUAUGAUAUUAAAAAUGGCCCGUAAAUUAUACCAAAUGUUUGAAAGAAGUACUUAAUUAAUGAUGUUGCAACAUCAUUUUCUUUUUUUUCUGUUGCUUUUGGUGAUGCAAGGAUUCGCAUUGCACAGUAAAAAGCAAUAAAAUUCUUAUAAAUUGGUUCAGGCACUAUAUCUUUAAAUAUCAAAGCACCUGAAUACAUCAUAAUUUGUCUAAAUUCAGUUGCCUUAAAAUCAGUAUAACUAUUUAGUGACAGUGGUAUGCGAACAAAAUCUGUGCUUAAAGAUGGUGCUAUAAUUUCCAUUCUUUUAUUAAUGUAAUCUAUUUUUGUCGAAGAAAGUCUAACACAACCAAAUGAACCUGUCUGUUUUAUUGAUCCUUUGACCAUUAGGAAACAUUUGAAGAAGGUAAUACAGCAUUGAGCAACUACACCUCAGAUGAGUCUCACAUAAAACCUAAUAAACGUUUAAUAGUUCCCAAUAAACGUUUAUUAAGUUCUGAUGAUGAACAGGUUUUUAAAAAGAUAAAAAAUACAAAUGCAUUUUCAAUGCCAGAUAUGCCAACAUAUGAAUCUUUUGAUAAUGAAGAAAAUUUGCAUCUGAAUUUAGAUUCAAUAGCAUUAAAAGACUGUUCCAAUAAUCAAGAUAAUUCAAUUAUAGUUAUUUCACAAGUCAAUACUGAAAAUACUCAUCCACCUGUUUUUCAGUCAGAUAACAAGGUGAUAGACAUAGGUGGUAGCCAAAAUAAUGAAUAUCAUCAGAUCUUUCACUUUUUUAAAGAAAUUUCAGAGCAGUAUCAAAGUAUACAACGAACACUUGAUGUUAUAAAAAUUGACAUCCAAGACUUGCAAAGACAAAUAGAAUAUCAAGGAGUUAAUAAGAGGUCUUCUGAAAGUUCAUUAGUAGAAGAAAAUUUAAUUUUACCCUUUAGUACGUUAGAUGAAUUAAAUGACUAUGAAUCAAAACUAACAGAUAACAAUAUUUAUGAAAAAGCAAUGAAAAGAACUUUACUUAAAGUCGGUUCUAGCAAGUUAAAUUCAAAAACUACCUACAAUGUGUUGCGAAAGGUAAUGACAAAUGAAAUAGCUGAAACAUUCAAUGUAACUGGAAAAGGACUAAAACUAUCUUUUAAUAAUUACAAAAUGUCAAAAUUAAUUCAAGAAACAGAAUAUAAGACUUACUUAGGUCAGUGGCUUAGAGAAGCCAGCAACAGAAAAAAUGAAAAAAAAAACCUUAUAGUUUGAUAUAUAUAAAUUAUUA